CGUUUGCGGCUCCUUUCUUGGGGUUCAAGCAGCUUUAGCCUUUAGCUCUUGUUAUUAUCUCUUCCUCCCCGAUUUGUCCUCUCUCCCUCGCCGCCCUUCUCCGCUUCCCUCCCGAUCUGUUGCAGGAAGACGAAACGAGCCGAUUCUCGCGCAAUCAAGGAUGUCUCGCCGCUAUGAUAGCCGGACAACAAUUUUCUCCCCUGAAGGUCGCCUCUACCAAGUGGAAUAUGCCAUGGAGGCCAUCGGCAAUGCUGGGGCAGCUAUCGGCAUCCUAGCACGUGAUGGUGUUAUCCUAGUUGGCGAGAAGAAGGUCACCUCCAAACUCCUCCAGACGUCCCGAUCAACUGAAAAGAUGUACAAGAUCGACGACCACCUUGCAUGUGCUGUCGCUGGCAUCAUGUCUGAUGCCAACAUCCUAAUCAAUACUGCCCGAGUCCAGGCUCAGCGAUACACCUUCGCUUACCAGGAGCCCAUGCCUGUUGAGCAGCUGGUUCAAUCCCUCUGCGACACUAAGCAGGGCUACACCCAGUUCGGUGGCCUCCGGCCUUUUGGGGUUUCCUUCCUUUUUGCAGGAUGGGACAAGAACUAUGGUUUCCAGCUAUACAUGAGUGAUCCUAGUGGCAAUUAUAGUGGAUGGAAGGCAGCAGCGAUUGGUGCCAACAACCAGGCAGCACAGUCGAUGCUGAAGCAAGACUACAAAGAUGACUUCACAAGGGAGGAAGCAGUGCAGCUCGCACUCAAGGUACUGAGCAAGACGAUGGACAGCACAAGCCUUACAUCCGAGAAGCUUGAACUGGCAGAAAUUUUUGUCGAGCCUUCUGGGGAUGUGAAGUAUCAGGUAUGCAAGCCGGAGUUACUGGAGAAGUUGCUGGUGAAGCAUGGGGUAACUCAAGCUGCCACGGAGUCUGCUUAGGUUCGGGGUUUCCUGAAUCACUUAUAUUGGCCCCUGGAAUCUUGGAUGGGAACUUACGCACGACUUAGCACCUGCAAUCCAAUGACAGUGCCCCCUUAGAACAGUUGUUGGAUCAGGGUUCAAAAAUUAUGUUUUGAAAUAUAAAUCUUUUUAUUUAAAAUGCAAAUCAUGUUUCUUUGUAUGAACUUUUCAAUUUGAAUCUUUCACUUGUUUA